GCCAGUGAGGCCUGGGCCAGGAGAGUCCCGACAGGAGUGUCAGGUUUCAAUCUCAGCACCAGCCACUUAGAGCAGGGCACAAUGUUGGGGGCCCGCCUCAGGCUCUGGGUCUGUGCCUUGUGCAGCGUCUGCAGCGUGAGCGUCCUCAGAGCCUAUCCCAAUGCCUCCCCACUGCUCGGCUCCAGCUGGGGUGGCCUGAUCCACCUGUACACAGCCACAGCCAGGAACAGCUACCACCUGCAGAUCCACAAGAAUGGCCAUGUGGAUGGCGCACCCCAUCAGACCAUCUACAGUGCCCUGAUGAUCAGAUCAGAGGAUGCUGGCUUUGUGGUGAUUACAGGUGUGAUGAGCAGAAGAUACCUCUGCAUGGAUUUCAGAGGCAACAUUUUUGGAUCACACUAUUUCAACCCAGAGAACUGCAGGUUCCAACAGCAGACGCUGGAAAACGGGUAUGACGUCUACCACUCUCCUCAGCAUCACUUUCUGGUCAGUCUGGGCCGGGUGAAGAGAGCCUUCCUGCCAGGCAUGAACCCACCCCCAUACUCCCAGUUCCUGUCCCGGAGGAACGAGAUCCCCCUAAUUCACUUCAACACCCCCGUACCACGACGGCACACCCGGAGCGCCGAGGAUGACUCGGAGCGGGACCCCCUGAAAGUGCUGAAGCCCCGGGCCAGGAUGACCCCGGCCCCGGCCUCCUGCUCACAGGAGCUCCCGAGCGCCGAGGACAACAGCCCGAUGGCCAGCGACCCAUUAGGGGUGGUCAGGGGCGGUCGAGUGAACACGCACGCUGGGGGAACGGGCCCGGAAGGCUGCCGCCCCUUCCCCAAGUUCAUCUAGGGUCGCUGGAAGGGCACCCUCUUUAACCCAUCCCUCAGCAAACGCAGCUCUUCCCAAGGACCAGGUCCCUUGACGUUCCGAGGAUGGGAAAGGUGACAGGGGCAAUGCACGGAAUUUGCUGCUUCUCUGGGGUCCCUUCCACAGGAGGUCCUGUGAGAAUCAACCUUUGAGGCCCAAGUCACGGGGUUUCACCGCCUUCCUCACUCCAUAUAGAACACCUUUCCGAAUAGGAAACUCCAACAACAGGUAAACUAGAAAUUUCCCCUUCAUGAAAGUAGAGAGAAGGGGUCUCUCCCAACAUAUUUCUCUUCCUUGUGCCUCUCUUCUUUAUCACUUUUAAGCAUAAAAAAAAAAAAAAAAAAAAUAGCAGUGGGUUCCUGAGCUCAAGACUUUGAAGGUGUAGGGAAGAGGAGAUCCGGAGAUCCCAGAAGCUUCUCCACUGCCCUAUGCAUUUAUGUUAGAUGCCCCGAUCCCACUGGCAUUUGAGUGUGCAAACCUUGAGAUUAAGAGCUGAACGGGGCAAGUUGAUGAAAACACUACUUUCAAGCCUUCGUUCUUCCUUGGGCAUCUCUGGGGAAGAGCUGUCAAAAGACUGGUGGUAGGCUGGUGAAAACUUGACAGCCAGACUUGAUGCUUGCUGAAAUGAGGCAGGAAUCAUAACAGAAAACUCAGCCUCCCUACAGGGUGAGCACCCUGUGUCUCGCUGUCUCCCUUUAUGCAGCCACGGCCAGAGGGCCCAGAACGGCCCCACUCUGUUCCCAAGUGGUUCAUGAUACAGCCUCACCUUUUGGCCCUAUCUCUGGUUUUUGAAAAUUUGGUCUAAGGAAUAGUUUUUAUAUUGGCUCACGAAAAUCUACCCUGCUAGGAUUUG